CCUCUCCAACUUCAACCCUCAAACUCCUCUAGAGCCAUCUCGAUUCCGUCGGCAUACGUUGCCAUCUCAGAGCUUGGCAUCUUGCAAGAGCACUUUAUCGUUUACGACCUUCCACCACUCAUUCGAAACACCCACCCACCAUGCCCGGACCACAAUCCAUCCAAGUCCCUCUCUUCUACCGCCUCUUCUUCACCUGGAUCGACCCUAUAAUCUGCGUUUGGGGCGCCUACAUGGACUUCUUCGACCCGGCUUUGGUCCUCAGCUCCCACAUUCCGAACCCAACACCUGACAUCGGGCACGCCAUGAUCCUUCGUCAACGCGGUGGGGGCAUGUUAAACUUCGGCUUCAUCUCAGCAGUACUCCUGCGAUACACCACGGACAUGACCAUCUGGCGGAUUGUGCAGAUCGCGGAUCUCGUUGUGGAUUGUGCGUAUUUCUGGGCUGUGCACGGGGCGUUGAGCGCGCAGGCGAGGUUGGGAUGGCAGACGUGGAGGGCGGAGGAUUGGGGCAGUCUGGCCAUCACGGGAGCGGCUGCGGUGGCGAGGCUAUGCUUUUUGUUGCGCGUUGGGGUAACGAGAGAGGCCAAGGGAGGUUCAAAGAAGGCUUGAAGGUCAUGCAAAGAUGCCAACCGCUUAACUACGGGACAAUCAUCUAGAUUCUGAUACGGAAAAGAUCAAAACACCAUCUCCAAUAUUUGUACUGUCUCACAUCGUAGUAUCCCCGUCCUCAGCGCAGUUCAAAGACCUGAUUUCGAAACAUCGGGAACUGGUCUUCCAAGCUUCCAUCUGCGACCAUUACCUUCACACCGUCCACAACGCGCUCAGCUUUGUAGCCGGCAUAUUUAUCCGCGUCCUUGGGCUUCUCUUCUGA